AUGCCUCCCCGUGAGAAAAGUUCGCUCAAGCGAGGUCGGAUUUGCGAUAAGGCUACUGUCACUGCCGAUGCAGAUUCACAAAAGAAACCUCGACGGUCACAAAGAAUCUCGGGUCAAGUCGAACAAGAGACGCCGGUCGAUUUAAGCUACUUGCCAACCCCGCGUACUGGCAACCCAUCCACCACUCCGGAUUCUACUCGCAAGGAAGUGACUGUAACACCAUCCCAGAGCCCCAGCGCCCAACUCCCAUCCCUGCCUGAUUUAUUACACACUGUUUCCUCACCACCACUGGAAGAUACUCAGGUAGUUUCACAGUUUGUGUAUCCACCCAGGGCAUUUGCAGACGAGGUAGAGGAUGAGAAAGCGGAAGGAGUCUGGGGCUACUUGCUACCACUAAAUGAAAAGGCGAAUGGUCCACUGGUUCUGAGGAAACGCACUCCCUGCGACAAUGCCGGUCAAAAGGAUAGCAAGAGCAACACAAAGGCCGGGAAAAAGCCUCAAUCAUCCAAGGACGCCCACUCACCUGGCGGUUUCUUAGUCGGCCGGCACCCCGAGUGUGAUCGCGUUCUCGAAAUUCCCACUAUUUCAAACCGACACUUUCUUAUUUUUGCCGAGAACAAGAAAGGCGAAACGGUUGCCAUUCUGGAGGAUCUCUCCAGCAAUGGAACAUUUGUCAAUGAUGCAAUUGUCGGACGCAACAAACACAGAGAGCUGGAAGAUGGAGACGAAGUUUCUGUUUUGAAUGAGGCGCGAUUUGUCUUCCGCUACCCUCGCACUCGGGAAUCCCAUGGGUUCCGUCAGCAAUACCGAAUUCUUAAACAGCUCGGUAAGGGCCACUUUGCAACGGUCUAUCUAUGCGUUGAGCGGUCUACCGGAGACAAAUAUGCAGUCAAAGUCUUUGAAAAACGCCUGGGAGACUCGCAAAAGUCACAAACGGAUGAUGCUUUGCAGCAAGAGAUUGCACUUCUGAAGGGCGUAGACCACCCUAAUCUGCUGUGUCUUAAGGACACCUUUGAUGAUCCUGAUGCCACUUAUUUGGUUCUUGAACUGGCGCCUGAAGGAGAGCUCUUUAACCUGAUCGUGGAAAAGGAGAAACUGAACGAAGAAGAAACCCGAGGUGUAUUCCGCCAACUGUUCGACGGUUUGAAGUAUUUGCAUGAUCGAGGAAUUGUGCAUCGUGAUAUCAAGCCAGAGAACAUCCUGGUUGCCGACCAAAAGUUACAUGUGAAAUUGGGUGACUUUGGGCUUGCUAAGAUUAUCGGAGAAGAAUCUUUCACUACGACCCUCUGCGGUACACCAAGCUAUGUGGCUCCAGAAAUUUUGCGAGAUAUGUCCUCCCGGCAAUACACCAAGGCAGUAGACGUGUGGUCCUUGGGUGUUGUACUUUACAUUUGCCUCUGCGGUUUCCCACCGUUUUCUGAUGAACUGAGAACGAGGGACAACCCAUUCUCCCUCUCCCAGCAGAUCAGGAUGGGCAAGUUCGACUAUCCAUCUCCGUAUUGGGACUCUGUGGCUGAUCCCGCCCUCGACCUGAUCGACCGGAUGCUCACUGUGGACGUUGAAAAGCGCAUCACGGUUGAUGAAUGUCUCGAGCACCCUUGGAUGAAACCCCUCAGUGUCACUGACAGUACUGACGGCCUAACUGGGGCCCUUGGAAAAAUGGACUUCUCCAAACGCAAGAUGCAGCGGGAGCGAACCUUGUUGAGCAGUAUCAACGAUGCCCAGUUCAGUGAGCAUGCCAAAGGUAGCGAAGCGCCUGUCAAGGUGUACCGGAAUGAGACUGGGAAGCGCGUCCCCAACCCCCCUGCCAAGACCCGUGAAGUUUCGCCCAGUGGCAACAGGGACCCGAAAGAUUUCAUCAAUAUUGGAGGACGUGGCGAUCCCGCCCUGUAUGACAAUUAA